AUAAAAAUAUAUAUAUUUUUAAAAGAUCUCGGCUACAAAUAUAUCAACCCCUAAUCUUCCAGACUACUACCAUUGCAAGUCUCAUUUGGAAUAGAGGUGAAGGGCAUCUGGUUGGCAGGUUCCUAAAAGGAUGGCCAGCCCCCCCACUACAGGGCAGUCUGGCUCUAAUUUGAACCACAACAACAACAACAGCAGCAGCGUAAAGAAAUGUGGCUACCUACGGAAACAGAAGCAUGGCCACAAACGUUUUUUCGUGUUGCGUGAGCCUGGUGAGGGCUUCCCUGCUGCCAGACUUGAAUAUUAUGAAAAUGAAAAGAAGUGGAGAAGCAAAACUGCAGCAGCCAAGAGAGUUAUAUCUCUGGACAGUUGCCUUAACAUCAACAAACGAGCAGACUCCAAGAACAAGUACCUGAUUGCCCUCUAUACUCGGGAUGAGUAUUUUGCUGUGGCAGCAGAGAGUGAGCAGGAGCAGGAUAGUUGGUAUCAGGCUCUCACAGAACUGCUUAGCACCGGCAGAUUGGAAAGAGAGGGAUCUGUAUGUGCAGUUACAGGAGGUUGCUGCUGUCCAAGCAAUGGCAGUUCUAGCAAGUUUUGCAGUACCCAUUUGGGUCAAAGUGAAGACUCUAAUUAUGGCAUGAUAACACCCGCAAAUGCCGCUUACAAGGAAAUUUGGCAAGUAAAUGUGAAACCCAGGGGCUUGGGUCAGAUCAAGGGUAUACUUGGACUGUAUCGACUGUGUUUGUCUGCCCGCAGUAUCAGCCUUUUACGUCCAAACAACGAUACCCCUUCUGUGACACUGCAGUUAUUGAAUAUUCGACGUUGUGGUCAUUCAGAAAGCUACUUUUUUGUGGAAGUUGGCCGCUCUGCUUCCACUGGGUCAGGAGAGCUUUGGAUGCAGGUUGAUGACACCGUAGUGGCCCAAAGCAUCCAUGAGACGAUUUUGGAGGCCAUGAAAGCCAUGGGGGAUUUGGAUGAAUUCCGUCCCCGAAGUAAAAGUCAGUCUUCUAGCUCUAAUCCCAUCAGUGUGCCAGGUAGACGGCAUCACCACAACCAACUGCCACCUAGUCAAACUGGCAUAACUAGAAGAACCCGCACAGACACCCCACUGUCCUCCUCUGCUAAUGUUGCUGCAAAUUCUUCAAGACUCCGUACUGCCAGUGAAGGAGAUAAUCUAAGCACUAGGACACUUAUAGGGAGUCCUUUAAGCCCCAGUAUUUUACGUGCACCACUUAGCCGUUCACACACAUUGAGCUGGGGGGGGCGACAUGCAAAACUGGUUCCAGCUCCAGGACCUCUUCAACAUAGCCGCUCAAUAUCAAUGCCUGUUCCCCGCUCACCACCCCCUGCUACUAGCUCAACCAGCUUGUCAUCUGGAAGCAGCAGUGGGCAUGGUUCUGCGCCUGACCCAUUGAUCCCACAACGACCAUCCAGUUGCACUGCUUCUGCAUCUGGCUCACCUAGUGAUACCGGAUUCAUGUCUCUGGAUGAGUACAGCUCUAGUCCAGGUGAGCUUGCACGUACAUAUCUGAGCUACCGCAGUGGAACCCCAGAUUCCUUUUCUAGCACUCCACCUCAUCCAGCAGAUCUGAAUGGGUACAUGUCAAUGGACAGAACCUUACCAGGUGUCUGUACCUGUCUUGGUCGUCGGCUAGAAGGAUCUGGGUCCGAGAAGUGUCCCAGGAAGAGGACUCACUCCCUGACCACCCCAGGAAGACAGAGUGUUUCAGUGCCUCAAGUUUCUUCUGCAUCUCUUGAUGAAGCCACCUUGAUUCGUGCCACGUAUAAAGGUAGCCAAGCUCUCCAGUCCUCCUCCCCAAAGAUGGCAUACCAGCCCUACCCAGAGGACUAUGCAGAUGUUGCGAUUGGUCGUCAGGAGGACAAUGGGUACAUGCCAAUGAAUCAUGGGGCAGGCAUAGUUACAGCAGCACCAGAUUAUGUGCCUAUGAGCCCUGCCAGUGUGUCUGCUCCUCAACAGAUCUUGCAGCCCCGGACUCUUUGUUCUGAAUCUAUUGAAGCAUCUCAGGAAGAAUCCCCAGAUGGUUAUAUGAGAAUGUACUGUGGUCUCAAAGCAGGGCCAGUACCUGUGCACAACCAAUUGUCUCCUGCUGAGCCACCUGCCUCCUUUACUCCUCCUGAUUAUUUCUCCAUGCAGCCUAAACCCAGCUGUGUUUGCCAGGUUAACAGGGCACCUCAGCCACAUAUCCCUGCAGAUGUUGAACCCUACGUAAUGAUGAGGUCCCCUAUUUCCUCUUCUCCACAUGGUAAAGCAGCCCGUCCCUCUCGACUUGCAUUGCGCACUCUACCGAGCAUGAGUGAGCACCCUCCAGAACCCCCCAGCCCUCCUGGUGGGGAAUACAUUCACAUUUAUUUUGGAGAUACAAGAUCUCAAGAUUCAUUGCCAAUGCCUACCCCAUCCACUCGGUCAGACUCUGCCCAGUUAUCUACUAAUGGCAGCCCAGCUUCUACUUCUUCUUCCAGUUCUGGGCCUCAAAGCUCUCCAAUAUCUGACUAUAUGAACCUGGAUUUUGGGCCUUCUGACUCAAAGCCUAAUGUUUGUUCUUCAUUGCAACUUAACUCAGACUAUACAGAGAUGAGCCCAAGAAAAAGCUCCUCAAAUUCAUCCUCUAAUGUAUCUCCACCACCAGCUUCACCAUUGCCUAUUGCAAAUGCUAGUUCUGGUGUACAGCAUCUCACUUUGCUCAUGGACAAGAUAUCUGAUGGGUUUAGCUUGCACAGUCCACCCCCAGAUCCUAAUCGGGGUGCUAAACUAAUUCGGGCAGACCCACAAGGAGGCCGUCGCCGUCACAGUUCUGAAACCUUCUCAUCGACCACCCAAGUGACCCCUGUAUCACCUUCCUUUGCACACAGUCCAAAGAGGCCCAGCUCUGCAUCAGUGGAGAAUGUGUCACUGAGGCCUAGCGAGACUUCUGAGGUUUCUGAUUGUGGCAGUCCUAUGUGCCGGGAGACCUCAGCUGGGUUCCAGAAUGGACUUAACUACAUUGCCAUUGAGCUGUCACCAGAAGAACGUAGCCUGCUACUGCUAACACAAGCCUCAUCCAGGGGACACUUGCCUGCCUUGGGCCUUGCCAGUUUGGACAUUGGGUCUUACUCUAGCAUUGAUUUCCUUGGACAUAGAAUGAAGGGUGCCACCACUGUAAGAGAAUGAAGACAGUGACUCAAAAUCUCACACUACAAAGAGAACGUUGGGCCUACAUAUUAUGAUCAGAUGCUGCUAAAGUUUCACUUUUUUCCCGCUAAGGCGGCUUGGACUGUUCCCGCUCAGGUAUAUACUGUGGUUGAGAUGGCAUUAGAACGACUUUCGUGACAGAGACCUGCGUCAGUGCAGUUUGACGGCAUUAAUUUUAUUUCUACCAUUUUGAUACACUUGACUUUAAACUUACAAAUUCUUUCAAGUCCAUAAGAAACACACAGCCAGAGCUAUCAUCAAACUUCUUCGUUUAUUCUACUGUUGACUGGGAGAUUGAUGGACACCAUAUGAAGAAGAAACAUAUGGCAUAUUCUACUCUUAACAUACUGUUUGUCCUACCUCAGUAAACAAUAAUAAAGCAAGAAAAAUGGUUUUCGAACCUUGGGAGUAUCAUCGUAAUGGGUAUUGCUAUUAACACUUACUGGCAUUUUAUGGAUUAAUAAUAAUUUUAUUAUUAUAUACAUGUAUGUAUUUUAUUUUAUGUUUUUAAUUUUAACUGUGCAAUGACGUUUCUGGAGAACAUCUUCAGCCUUAUGAAACCAUAACAAAAAGACUUUGUUGCUUGUCAGAUCCAAAUGAUUAGGUACACAGUUUACUUAGAUGAUUGUCACACCAGUGUACCAAACGAAACAACGGCACUGUUUUUGAAUUGUUAUUUACAUGGUUCAGAUUUUCUAUCUGAAAGUGGACCAAACAUAAUAAAUGUGACUACUGGACAGGUUUUAUUUCUUUCUCUUGAAAGCUGCACAACAAAAGAGUUGGACUAGCAGCUUUUUAAAACGCACACCAACAGACAGAAGUGUGAUGUAUGUCACUAACUUAAACAAUUCAAAAUAUAUGUACACUAUCACCAUGAAGAGAUUUUAUGUGUGUGUUCACAGAUAAUUUAAUGUACUUUUUUGUAUUAUUAUUAUUUUUAUUUUUUUUAAAUAAAGGUACCUAUUGAAUAAUGAUUGUAAUAUACACAGAAAUCAACUACAUUGCUCCUAACCAAAAAAAAUUCAAUUUCUUUGUCAGAAAACAGAAUAUCCAUCUUUGGCAACAUGAUUCUGAGCAUACUAGGCUAGCUAAUUUGCAUGGUUCUUCCUGGCUGAACAAAGAUGCCAACCAUUUUCAAAGAUGUCUUUAUAGAUUCCACUAGCUGCAGCAAUGUCAUAGGAUGCCACAUUCCCAAAUGAGAUGCACUUUCUUUUUUUCUUUUCAAACCAGAGAAGGAAUAUGGCUCAUACAUACACUAGUAGUGUGCUUUUGAAAUAUUUUAAGAAAAAUAAAGGCAGUGAGUUUAAUUCUACUCUUUCUGGAAAAAAAUGUAAAAAUAAAUAAAAACACUGCAGUAACUAUC